UUAAUGGAACGUAUGGCCCCACUGGCUUGCCGUAACUCUACACUGUGUACAGAUCGGUGUAGAUAGCCAAGAGAAAACUCAAUGGAAAAGACAAUCGCACUGUCUAGCACUGCUAACUGGUUAGCACUGUAACAAGCUGCAUCUAUCAACACAGCCGCGUCAUUUGCAAGAAAAGCAAGCUGUGUUCCCUACUACAUUGACUCUGCCGAGCCGCUACGAGACACACCACCAAAAUGUUGAACCCCGCCAACGGGGAUCCAGUACACGUUGUAACCAGAUAUAUCGAAGAGUACAUGGAUUUGGUUGAAUCAUUGCCCCUCGACUUACAAAGAUGUGUGUCUCUGAUGAGAGAAAUCGACGCAAAAUAUCAAGAGAUCCUGCAGGAGCUGGAUGAGGCUUAUGAGAAGCACCGGCAGGAGAUCGACCCGGCCCAGAGGAGACGUCUUCUCCACUGCAUUCAGCGAGCUCUGAUCCGGACUCAGGAACUGGGCGACGAGAAGAUCGAGAUCGCAGGCCAGAUGGUGGAACUGGUGGAGAACCGGGCCAAACAGGUGGAGUGGCAUGUGGAGCUGUUCCAGUCCUCCCAGGCCGGCUCGCCCGAGCCCAACACACCCACCGGCUCCGCCUCUGCCGUCACGACCGUUACCAUGACGCCGACAGCCAUGUCGUCCAGCAAACCCAGCGUGGAUAAGCGGCGUGAGGAGACGCCUGUCCCCGGGGACAAGCCCGGCAGUGGCAAGCGCUCCCGGCGGCAGAAGAACGGUGGUGAGAACCGUGAGAACUCCAACUACAGCACAGACCACGGCGAAGAGGUGGUCACUGGCACGCCCAAGGAGAAGAGGGCCAAGACAUCCUCCUCCUCGUCGUCGUCGUCCAAGAAGAAGAAACGGUCAAAGGCCAAACAAGAGAGAGAGGCGUCGCCCACAGACCUGCCCAUCGACCCUAACGAGCCCACAUAUUGCCUGUGCGAGCAGGUCUCCUACGGUGAGAUGAUCGGCUGCGAUAACGACGAGUGCCCCAUCGAGUGGUUCCACUUCUCUUGUGUGGGUCUCCACCACAAGCCCAAAGGGAAAUGGUAUUGCCCCAAAUGCCGUGGUGAGAAUGAAAAGACUAUGGACAAGAGUCUGGAGAGGUCCAAAAAGGAGAGGUCGUACAACAGGUAGCUUCCUACCUGCAAACUCGACCCCUCUCAUGAAACUGGACAUGUUUUGUUUUUGUUUUUUUUCCCCAUUCUCACUCUGCCGUCCCAAUGUGUCACAAAAAUAAUGUUUUGAGGUCUGAAACUUAAAUGUUUUGUUCAGAUCCAGUAGUGUUGGAUGUGUCGCUGUCAACAAGGGUUGUUUGCCCUGAGUUAAAUGUUUAAAAGUUUAUAUUUAAAAAAGGGAAAAAAUAUGCUUGGUUAGAUUUACUGCACACCACACCUUUCCCUCUCCAUUGCUUGUCAUCUUUUGAUGUGGAACAGUAAGCCGUGAUUCUAAACAAAGACUGCCCUAGGAAGUGACCCCUCCUAUAAUGGACCAGGUUUUCUCUGGAGGGUUUUUGUCUUUGUUUAUGUGUGUACAAUCAUUUUCCUUACAUCUGGCUUGCGAUUGUUACUUUGAAGAAUGCCAUGUUGGUGUGAGUAAAUUUUAAACCAUA